CGGAGUGAGUGCUCCUGCUACAUAGACGAUCUUUGAUCUCACCUGUCGCUAGGAUACUUUGCCCUCCUCUGCUGUCAGAGGAGGCAUGCUAUUGGUGGAUGAGUGAUGGGGGAAGUGCUGCUCUACUGGAAGUUGGUUACCUUCGUGUAUUACAAGUACUAACCCGAGCUCAAAAAGAGAAAAAAAGUGUUGUGUUUUGAGAACAGCAAUUGUUCACUGUUGUAGAAAAUUUAACAUUUUUUGGUCAUUUCAAGGACUAAAACCAUUCUGUCAUGGAGUUUGGUGAAGAGUCGUCGCCUGCUCUGGCUUUCGAGAAGGACGCUUUUGAGCUCACCGUCGAAGAUGUGUAUGACAUCUCGUACGUAAUCGGACGAGAUUUAUUAAAAAUAAGUAACACGGGUGAAGAAGUGUCGGAUUUGCAGUUCAGGAUUGUCCGUGUCCUGGAAAUGUUUGAGACUUUGGUCAACAAAUACAACUUGUCUCUGGAGGAACUGAAAAUGGAGCGGGACAACUUGAAGAGUGAACUGGACAGAAUCAUCAAGGAGGGGUCCUCCACUGGACAGGGCACGCAAACAGCGGGACCAAACCAGCUGGUGGUGGACCUAACAGACCCCAACAGACCGCGCUUCACCAUGCAGGAGCUGAAAGAGGUCCUGCAAGAGAGGAACCAGCUGAAGGCUCAGCUCAUGGUGGCGCAAGAGGAACUUCAAUUAUACAAGAGUGGAAUUCUUCCUCAAGCUGAACCAGCCAUGGUGGAAGUGGACCUGGACUCACCUGCAGCUACAGAACACAGUUCAGCUACAAUAAAUGAGAAGACAACCAUAGGGAAAUUGUUUUCAUUCAGGAGAAAAUGAGAAAAAACUUUCACAAGCACUGACCAUGUAGGAGGCAAACAGGAUUUGUCAGCCCACUUUUACCACUUUUGUAAUGACUUUUUUUUUUAAACUUCUGUUUGUCUAACAAGCACAAUUUUUGUACUGGUAAAUUUUAACCCAAGCUGAUUUUUAGUAUUACAGUGUUGAUAUAGUUUUACUAUAAAUUAUAUUAGAAAUAAUUUAUAAUUAAGAAACUGGAAUGUAUUAUGUCAUAUUUACAAUGAAAUAUUACAUACAUAAACACAUUUAUAUAUAUAUAUGUGUGUGUGUGUAUGUCAAGGCUUCAUGUUGGCUCAGUCAUCUAAAAUGUGUUUUUCCAUUAUUUGGAUCAAAGAAAGUAAGAAUAAGAAUAAACUAUUUUUAAGCUUUU